CGGUAGCCACGGAGAGGAGGGUGGAGCCCCAGCCGGAGCCUCGCCAGAAUGAAAGAGGUUGCCAGCUCGGCUCGGACGCGGGCGGGGCGGCGGUGAGCAGAGCGACCCAGCCCGUGCGACCCGGGGAGGAGCUCCGCGAGCCGGCGAGCAGCUCGGGCCCCGGCCCGGGCAGGCAUGGAGCGGUGGCGUGACCGGCUGGCAUUGGUGACGGGAGCCUCGGGGGGCAUCGGCGCGGCCGUGGCCCGAGCCUUGGUCCAGCAGGGACUGAAGGUGGUGGGUUGCGCCCGCACCGUGGGCAACAUCGAGGAGCUGGCUGCCGAAUGUAGGAGUGCAGGCUACCCCGGGACUUUGAUCCCCUACAGAUGUGACCUGUCAAGUGAGGAGGACAUCCUGUCCAUGUUCUCGGCUGUCCGCUCUCAGCACAGCGGUGUGGACAUCUGCAUCAACAAUGCUGGCUUGGCCCGGCCUGACACACUGCUCUCUGGCAGCACCAGCGGUUGGAGGGACAUGUUCAACGUGAACGUGCUGGCCCUCAGCAUCUGCACACGGGAAGCCUACCAGUCCAUGAAGGAGCGGAAGGUGGACGAUGGGCACAUCAUUAACAUCAACAGCAUGUCUGGUCACCGAGUGUCACCCCAGUCCGUGACCCAUUUCUAUAGUGCUACCAAGUAUGCCGUCACUGCGCUGACAGAGGGACUGAGGCAAGAGCUCCGGGAGGCCCAGAGCCACAUCCGCGCCACGUGCAUCUCUCCAGGAGUGGUAGAAACACAAUUUGCCUUCAAGCUCCAUGACAAGGACCCUGAGAAGGCAGCUGCCAUCUAUGAACACAUGAAGUGUCUCAAGCCUGAGGAUGUGGCUGAAGCCGUCAUCUAUGUCCUCAGCACCCCUCCACAUGUUCACAUCGGAGACAUCCAGAUGAGGCCCACGGAGCAGAUGACCUAGUUUCCUGUGGGGAGUUCCUCCUUCCCUCCCCACCGCUCACUGCUUGGCUCCUGCCUCUGGAUUUUAGGUGUUGGACACCUGGAUUCUAUUUUGUCUCCCUAUCUCUGUGGGCUAGAAAAUCUGUUUUGAGUUUUCGUGCCUUGUCAAAUUGUUUGCACCACAAAUGUGAAGAGUGGGGAGAGGAGGUGGUAUACCUGAUCGUUACCUGUUAACUCAUCCUCAUUUCCCUGUUAGGGCUCCCUGGGCCUUUAUUUGCUUUCCUCAGGUGCUUCUCUUUGACCUGGGGAAGGAACUGUGACCCAAAGGGGUCUUCCCCCAUCUUCUUGCACCCCACCCCCUUGUCCCCCAUGAAUGGGGUAGCAGAGAGAAGCCCUCCCAUUUUAUCUGAAUGAUGUCCAGCGCUCCAGGCUUCCUGCUCUCCCUGCCCCAUUGCCCCCAACUCCCCUUCUCUUCCCUUGUCCCAGUUCUCCAGCCCAGUCUUGACUCUUGGCCCAUGGUGGGGUCAUCACUCCACUCUGACUAGAGCAGCAGAACACCAGGCAGGGCCUGCCUCCCAAAUGCAUUUCACUGUGAUAAUAAGAGAAAUCGCAACAACUUAA